CCGCGCUCAGGACCACAAACCACCAUGGUCCUCCACUGGCGACGUCGAAUCCCCCUUCUGCUCCUGAGCCUGCUAUGUCCGUCAUUCUCUUCAGCCCACUCCUUUGAAAACACGGCCAUUGUGCGGACCAUCGACCUGGGCGGAUCGCUUGUGCACGUCACUACCACGUACGCGGUGAGAGCGCUGGAGGAUGGUGCGGCUGUCUACACCUUGGCUCUGGCAGGACGCGAGCAUGAGCGUACGAGCUGGCUGGAGGCUAAGAUUAAGGGAGAGCAGAGUAUUCUGCCCAUGGAGAGUGGGGGCUUCGAUGCCGAAAGUGGCGUGUACCUCUACUCCGUAGAGCUCCCAAAAGCCCUCAAGACGAAUGGGACAGCAAAUCUCGUAGUGGAAACUAUCGAGACCCACGCGACGUACCCUUGGCCAGAGGAGGCGGCCCAGAAGGAUGGUCAGGCUCUCAAGUACGAGUCGGACCUCUUCGUUGCGAGCCCAUACAAAACGUCCGUAGAGCGGAUCAAGGUCAAGUCGCCGUCGCCCAAUGUCAUCUCGUACUCUACCCCAGAAGGUCUAGACGAGUUCACAAUGGACGUGCCUGUCACGAAGUCAGGCGCGACGAUCACCUACGGACCGUUUAGUAGCGUCCCUGUCACCGCUGACGCAGACUUCCUCAAGUCAAAGCAGAAGAAAGUUGCUGUGCACUACGACUACGACCACCCGGUUCUCGAGGUCACCAAGCUCAAACGGUCUGCUGAGAUCAGCCACUGGGGCGCCAACUUGAACAUUGAGGACAAUAUCAACCUGCACAAUGCAGGACCGAAGCUGAAGGGCCAUUUCUCGCGCCUCGAGCACCAGGCCUCAAACUUCUUCGGUCGCUUACCGCCGCAUAUCCUCCCAUCGGUGUCGCUUCAUCUGCCGCCCAACAUCCGUUCGCCGUACUAUUAUGACCUCAUCGGCAAUGUCUCUACGUCUCGUCUGCGUGUGGGGAAUCUGCCUGCUCAGCCAUUCAGUCUCCUGGAGAUGCGUCCGCGCUACCCGCUUUUGGGCGGCUGGAAUUACAGCUUCACGCUGGGCUGGGACUCGCCGCUCGCUGACUAUGCCGGUUAUGACAAGAGCACAGGGAAUUACAUGAUUGGGGUGCCGUUGAUGACACUCAUUCCUGGCGCCGUCGUCGACGAAGCGGAGAUUCAGAUCAUAUUGCCUGAGGGUGCCACGUACUUACGUCAAAACACACAUUGCGUACUCGACACCGUGGGCCGGCCAGCAAUCGUCUUGGAGUACAAGGACCUCACAACUAGGCACGCCGGCACCAUCUAUGUUACGUACAAGGUCCCGCUCUCUGCGCACUUGAAGAAGCCACUGGCGGUCGCCACCGCAUUCAUGACUCUCUUUGUGCUGGGCUUCGCGGCGAAGCGUAUGGACGUCCGUAUCCAGAAGAAAUAGUGUACAGCUCUAGGCUUAUCCGGCGCCGCAACUCCCUAAUUUAUACGUCAAUGUUGCUUAAAAGGCCCUUCUUCGCGAACUCGUGUCUAAACAUGUUGAGUUUAUCAUA